AGGCCAGAGCCGGAGCACCUGGUGGCUGGCGUCGCGCAUCCCCCUCUCCCCCGGAUCCUUCGUGGCGACGCCAGCCCCGGCCGUUCGACCGCUCCGCAUCCUCCCUUCGCGCGCAGGCAGUUGGGCUUCGCCUCAUCGACGGCGUGGGCGCGCGCCAUCCCCGGCGUCGUCGUCGUCGUUUCAAGGCCGGAAAUGCCGCAGUACAAGCUGGUCGACUACAAGGUUCCAUCGUCUGGGCGCCUCGCGGCGCUGCUAUUCACCUACGCCGGCGUCGAGUUCGAGUACGUCACCUACGAAAAGUCCAAGGCGGCCGAGGCGGAAGCUGACGCACCCUUCGGCUCCCUGCCCGUGCUGUACGCGGACGGCGAGAUGUUGGGCGCAGACUACGCCAUCUGCGUCUACAUCGCCAGGCAGUACGGUCUCGAAGGCAAGGACGCCCGGGAGGCCACCAAGUGCGCCACCAUUGUCACGGGCAUCGCCUCCCUCUUCUCCAGCGUGCGUCACGCCAAGCCGCAGAGACUAGCCCCAGAGGAAGACAAACUCGCCGAAGCCAAGGACUUGCGAGAGAAGGUGCCCAGAUACCUGCGGUACUUCGAGAAGCUCCUCAAGGACAACGGUACUGAAUACUUCGUCGGCAACCAGCUGACGUGGGCCGACCUGGCGGUGACGUUCUCGUGCGUGCAGCUGCUGCAGCGCUUCCACGGGGCCCUGGACAGCCACGCGCAUUUGAAGGCGCACUACGAGCGUGUCACCGCCCUGCCCGUGGUGCGGGCCUUCCUCGACCAGCAACAGGCGGCCGCAUAAGGAAGCAGCUGUGCGCACUAGUUACACCGACACAACCGCGCGCAGCGCUGCGCGCGAACAGAUAUAUUAUUAGCAAGAACCGACAGGAAGGCAUACAGUACGAGACUGGGAUUAUGCUUCGGUGAAGAACAGACGGACCAGGAAGGGCACCAGGAUGGAAAAAAAAGAAUGUUUUAACUUCUCACAAGCUGUACUGAGGCCCGUCGCUGCAGCUGAGUGCAUGCAACGUCGCGGUUUAGACACCCAGCUACGCCUACCGUACAAACACACCCGUAAUGGAGGAAUGCGAAAGUUUUAGCUGAAGUGACAUUUCGGGAUGCGCUAAAAAUAACUCGGGUAGCGAAAUAAUUUUUAGAGCUCUCCACGGUGUUCGCAGCCGAAACGUAACAUGUAGGCACACCGAAGCGUCGCACCAAACAGCGACGGCCAAUGCCAACUGGUCACCAGGUGUUAGACGUUAUAGCUGGUGCUUGUAAGGUAGUCCUUACAUGCAGUGCGGAAUUACGCAACGACAGGGCUUUAGGCAGUAUAUGACGUUUAGGAAGGCGCGAGAGAAAUACCAGACAUCAACAGGAUGGACAAGCGUACAGCCGCUAUCAGACUUAAACCCGAACAGCGAAGACACAAACAGUGGCUGUGAGGAGCCAACAUCAAGUGCUUUGGAAGGAAGACGGAUUAAGCUGAAGCCACUCAAAUCACCCCAACCAUAAUUAUCCAACAGCCUUCGCUGGAGAAGCAAGAAGGCGCUUAUAUAUAUAUAUAUAUAUAUAUAGUGUGUCCGGGUCAAGUAUGGCGGUGUCUGUACAUUGUGAUUGCGUUGCGACAAACGUGGCGUCGGAAACGGUAGUGCAAUGAAGGUGGUUCCAGCCCUCCCCGUGUGAUUCGGAACACUGCAGGCUAUACUGCGGAUGCUUAGUCAGUCGGCUCAAUGACGGACAGGUGACCACUCAACGUCUCGUCCCCUUAGCCAUAUACCCAUGUUCGCAUCUGCCAAGCAAUUCUGACGCCACCCCACCGUGAACUAUUAAUAUAGCUUAGUUAUAAGUUACGGUCUGAAAUUAGGACGAGACACAACUGUGACCGUCGUUCCAAUCCCUAUGCUCGAGCAGUUCCGCGCUGAGUCCCCACAACUAUACCAUUAAGGAAAUGCACAGCUUUAAAGACAUCACUGACAUUCAUCUUGCGACCGGUUUCAACGGGUGCAAAUGAACUAUGCACUUUCGCACUGUCACGGAUGUCAUGUGGACACAGGAAGAGAGAUUGCUGGCGUGACAAUUACCUAUAAACACAGCCUCAACGACGCUUCUGCGCCCUCGAGUAAAAUAGAAUAGCCGAAACCGGGUCACUUCCUGUCUAGCUAUCCGGAUUCGAUGCUCCAGUUAACCCUACCUGAACACAGAUCUUAACGACCCAUCGUCCCCUUUGUACAGUCGUGCACUAAAUGUGGUCGGAAGUACGAGUAGACGUAUAAUCAAGUGCUACAACGCUGCUGUUUUAACGGGCCCUGCGGACAUGUCGCACGGUGUGGUGGUCAAAUCACCGUUGCCUUCUCACGCCUUUUAGCACCCUGUCGAACGGAUUCCGCCGCUCCUGAUAGCUCUGGGGUGGGCUGUCCCCGGCGAAAAACAAAAUGAAUCGACGUCAGACAAAGGGGUUGUGCAUGAAGUGUUUUAAGACGUUCAUCUUGCCUGAUGUGGUGGCACCACGUGCAAGCUUCUAGGUAGUGAGAUUGUUUUCGAUCUGCCCGCAUGUUUGGAGAAAUCCUGAUGUUUUUUUUUUGUUUUUUUUUAUAAGUCGAGCUGAGCGACUUUCUUGUGAAGCAGCUAUAUAGUGGCUGGGAAAUGCAAACUUCGUUUUUCAGCGUAUGACAAAUUGCAAGGUGAUGGUAUGCUGCAAUGCGUUUCACAUUGACGUAUACUUGACGUAUUGACGUAUUUACUCACGUGUGCAAAUGUAAUGGACCCUUCCCCCUUCGGUUUUGACCUCCGUUUUUGCAUCAGCUAGCAAAGAUGUUGUUUCUAGUUGAGGGUGUUCGUUAGGCAUCUGAUUAUACAAAUUAACUAGAAUGAACGUUAACUGUUUCGUCAAGUGAGGCCCGAUCGUGUUUUGAAAAAUUAGGUAGGUGAGGGGAGGGUCUGUUAUUUUUGCCCACAACAGUACAAUGCGUGCAAUUCGCAUAUUUUCAGAAAAUAGUGAGGGAUACGUGCCAGCACGCUUUACUUUUUCCUUUUGUUCAUUUGAUUGAGGUCGGUCAAUCUAAUUUACUUUUUUUGUAUUGGUUGACUCAUGUUCUCUUUAUUCUGAAUAAAUAGUCUUGAACAAAGACCUUUAAUCGCUCACGUCGAAGUUGUUCCGCGACAGUUGAACAGAGUGGGAACAACCGUGCACUUUUCUCUAGCGUCGCAUAGCAAGGUUUUAUUAGGAUGAAGGCGCGAACACGCCUUCCGAUUCUCGUGUUCAUCCUAUUAGGAUGAACACGAGAAAUCGUUCCGUGACGUGCCACACACACACACGUAAACGCACGCAAAUGGUCUUAAAAAUGUUGCAAAUUUCAUUCACCCCGAAAUUGAUCGAGCCGCGUGAGUUUGUCACGCGGGCGAGAAAGAUGCUGGAGAAAUGUUUGUAUAGUGACUUCGUGUUUAUAAUGUGGUCUGUUUGACAGAGCCUUGACCUUUCGGGUAGCUUUUUUUUAGAAAGCACGGACCAGUGAGUAAUCUUUCAACUUUUCCAAUCAAGGUAUUCCUCCCAUGUAUCAUUUGAUGUCGCUUGAUACCUCGCCUUCGCUUGAAUGGUGACCAGUGCUGCUAUUAGCUGGGCAAAAGUUCGACGUGAAAAAGCGCUUUUGACAGCCAGAAAAAAAGGAAACGUGCAAUCGGGACCAAGUAAGAGCAGGCAAAAGGCACGUGUCCAUUUCAUGCUUCUAUUUCGUGAGUGCCCUGCACGCCCUGGUCUGGCUUCCAUUUAUGUAAUACGCAGCUGAGGCACAACUCACGAAGAGCUUGUGACGCAUGUUAGCUCGGUGGAACCGGGUCCCAACUGAUCUAUUAAUGCGAGAAACCACAAGUUAAAUGAUUCUCGCUAGCAAAUAUGUUAAAUAUUCAGGGUGGCGCAAGUUCGCGUUUUCGUGUUUAACGUCAGAGUUUCCCCCGUCUGUAGGAAGUACGCUGUGCCAACAGUAACUGACACACUGUCUCUGGGAAAUCUUCACCGACCUCCGCACUAAUGUACGGUGUAAAACGUACGCGCGAAAUUGCUAGAAAUAUAUCCCACUGGUAAACGACUGCCCGUGGGGCGAGGCUUGCAACUUGCAGGACCAAAGAGAAAUUUAUUUCGAUUUCAAGUGCACUGCUGUGUCGACGUGUCGGUAAGCGUAUUUAGGGAGCAUCUCAGCGUCAGUACACCAGGUCAAAGUGAGGCGUUGACCCAUUGGUGCGCUACUUACUAUACACUGGCUGCAACUGGUGGGUGGAGGCUUCUUCGGGGAACCGUUGAAUUCGAUUUUCUAUCCACAAGUCACAGUGACGUAUUACUGCAUGCACAGAGGGAGUUGACAAUUGACAGAAGGGGUUGUGACUUCUCUAGUUGCAUCGCUUGCGCUCUGGUAUUUUAAACGUUUAUAACAUUUUGUUCCCCGACAAAGCAGGAUUCUGAACACACCCGUCGUUCAUUUGCUGCACUACCGUACCGUACGUGUGUUAAAGCUCCCAGCUUUUUCACGUUAUCAUUCUGCCAGGUUUGCACAGCCUUAAAAUGAAAGUAACGAUGUCAUUCACCGCUCCAGAUCACGACUUCUGUGCGUCUGCACAGUCAGCUUCCAACUGUUCCGCCUGAAUCGUUCCUCAGAGUAUCUACGAUGCGGAAGUUAUUGUCCAGCGCGUAGUGGCCUAUAAGAUCACCUUCUUUCGCGAGUCAAAGGUUACCGGCAGGCGCGCACACACGACUGGGUGUACUAUGCGUAUGCGACCAGCGCGAUUGUGUGAUUGUCUGAGUUCUUUGGGCUAUAUGGAAUCGCCAGAGUCCGAUGUUUCCUCUUUAUUUUUUUCUUUAAUAAACAAUGUGAACACA